CAAAAUUACAUGAAUAAAGGCCGUUCCCGACAUUGUUUUGCGGCGAUGUGCAUUCAUAUAGGUGAUUGAUUGCUACAAGUGAAAGGAUGCAUUGUGUCUAAUAAAGUGUGGUUUUACUUACUAUACAUAGAUUUGAUACAUAGAUUUGUUCACUUUAUGUGAAGAAGCUGAGCAGAGUAACACUCCAGGAGAAGACAGUGAUAUGAAGUGGAUAAUUUUGUUAACCGGCCUGCUUUGUGAGGCUUUCUCGAAAGCAGACUCGUACUCGCAAGGAGAGUCAGACAAUGCGUCGCCAUGGUUACGAAAAAUGCGUCUUGGCGGACCGGACAACAACUUGAUGCCCAACGGUAAACUCGGAAUCCCAACCCCGACAGUGGACAGUCUGCUGUCAUGGGACGACUUUGUCACGCAUGUGGUCGGGAGGACGUACAUGGCCAUAUACGGUAUCUACAAUUACGAGGAACUUUUUGAUCAGAAAGCGUUCAAGUUUAAAAUUCGAUGGACUUUGAAUGGGACAUUUAUACACCGCGCAGGCAGUAGCUGGCACGCUAAUGAAAUGCCGGCUCCAAAAUGCGUCAAUUACACAGACGGCAGUUUCCGGAGACUCGACUCGAAAACCGCCAGCUGGCGUGCUGUGACUGCAACACCGUUCGUCCCGGCUUACCGGACGGACUAUCUUAUCAGUGACAACCCCAGCAAGUACAUCAUUUGGCACAUCUGCUUCGACCCCACACAGAACGUGGCCAACAAAUGCCCGGUUUCUGAAACUCAGCUUGUUGUUCGGGACCGACGUCCUAACGUGGACGUGAGUCCCGCUGACGGCAUUCCCGACGGUGACCUUGACCUCACGAACACCGACUGGGCCGCCAUUGACCGAACGUCCAGGUUGUCUAUCGGUGAAGGUCUCGUCAACACGGACGCCCUGGGGUGGGAGUGGUACUGGAAAGGACCUGAGUGCCCAAUACCAUAGAAGACGCCAACGAACAUCGUUCCGGAACCUAUCUCGGCCUGUCAACUACCAACUUAUGCUUACUUCUUCACAAACAAUUCUCAAAUCAUUGAUCGUUCUUACUCCAGAUCAGCAUAUAAAACUCAUUUUAAUAGAAAUUGAAGAAUGUCAA